AUGACGACACCAAAAUGGAAGGAUUUCAAAGGCCUUCGAUUACACUGGAAACAACGUAUUCGUUUGAAUAAUGUGAUUUGGCGAGCGUACUAUAUCGAGUUUCGAAUGCCUACUAAAAAAUCGAAGAAGAAAACCCCGUUUUGUUACUUCACAGUACCUGACGAUGAUGCAACUCAUUCAAAAAUCGAAGGCAGCGUUCUGGAGGGAAUGUAUUGGAAGCGAAGGAUGGAGGCUGUAGGUGCUCAGUAUAAAAAAUGGAGGUAUUACAUGAAGAACAGAAGAACGCAGCAUGAGAAACCUGUAAAGCGGAAGAGAACGUAUUCCGAAGGACAGAGUGAGCGAUUCGAUCGCGAGCUUUACGAACGUCCUGCGAAACGUGAACAGAGAAGUCAGACUCCAAAACAUAUGUCAACGGAUUGCUGUGAUUUCGAUGACUUGGAGAACGUUUUUACAGACAGUCUGUUCGAAUCCCUGAGUCAGCCGUACAUGUUCCCAAACCCUAAAGAAUUUGGUCAAAGUGGAAACGCGGACAUCAUGCAGCCUGGCCUCUUAUCCUUACAACCCAGCCUCGAGGAAAUCAUGGCUAGCCUAGAUGACGAAAAGCCUGACGAUAUUGGUGCGGGUACCACAAAGGGCGAACGUGCUGCUUUGUAUGAGAAGCCGGUCACGUUCUACAAAUUUGGGCCGAAGAAGACGCAAUCAAUUGCAAUAGAUGUUUCCCUGAACAAGCUGAACAAAUGCAUUAAAGUGGCUUACAAUAAAAUGACGACACCAAAAUGGAAGGAUUUCAAAGGCCUUCGAUUACACUGGAAACAACGUAUUCGCUUGAAUAAUGUGAUUUGGCGAGCGUACUAUAUCGAGUUUCGAAUGCCUACUAAAAAAUCGAAGAAGAAAACCCCGUUUUGUUACUUCACAGUACCUGACGAUGAUGCAACUCAUUCAAAAAUCGAAGGCAGCGUUCUGGAGGGAAUGUAUUGGAAGCGAAGGAUGGAGGCUGUAGGUGCUCAGUAUAAAAAAUGGAGGUAUUACAUGAAGAACAGAAGAACGCAGCAUGAGAAACCUGUAAAGCGGAAGAGAACGUAUUCCGAGGGACAGAGUGAGCGAUUCGAUCGCGAGCUUUACGAACGUCCUGCGAAACGUGAACAGAGAAGUCAGACUCCAAAACAUAUGUCAACGGAUUGCUGUGAUUUCGAUGACUUGGAGAACGUUUUUACAGACAGUCUGUUCGAAUCCCUGAGUCAGCCGUACAUGUUCCCAAACCCUAAAGAAUUUGGUCAAAGUGGAAACGCGGACAUCAUGCAGCCUGGCCUCUUAUCCUUACAACCCAGUCUUGAGGAAAUCAUGGCUAGCCUAGAUCGUUACGAUGACGAGCCUUCUACGUCUUUCCGGGAAGACCCUUUACACAGUAUUGGUCCAUCGUCGGCUGGUCAAUCAAUGGAUGCCCCUCAACCAAACGUUCAACCUGUUCAUCCUAUGGUAUUACCGCCACAGUCACAUAUGCCACUGGAUGGAACGCAACACCGUCCUGCUCUUGUGGCAAAUCGAGGCCCGUCUUCGUUAUCGCGACAAGCACAGGAUUACGCUGUCGCCAAUAUGCUGGUGGAUUAUAGUAACCAAGCCGCAUCAUCUACUCAUAUGCCAACACGGCAGUCGUCCUCCAUUACUUCUCAGAUGUUGAUGAUGUCGUCAACACACGUCGCUCAACCACAAUAUUCAACUGCAUCUGGCUACAACACUGCGCCACAAAUUCCGAAUAAUCCGCGGUCCAAUAAUAUGCAGUGGAAAGGCACCAACUUCUUGCUGAGCAAUCAAGAUGUUAUGAAUACGUUGGAGUAUAUGCCGCAGUUUUUGCAGUCUCCACCGAGUAUAUUGUCGGGAUCUGCUAUUUCCAUGGGUUGCCCGCCUCCGACGCCUGCUCGUCCAUGGUGGAUGGAUAGCCCUUUGGCUGCUGCAGCUCAGAGCCCUCUAGCUGCUGUGGCAUCAUCUCUAAGUGGUGGCAAUGUCACUCCACUGGGCCCUGCUACACCAGUCGGCUUAGGAGCAGGUCCUUCUACACCGCCUUCGCAUUUGCGCUCCGAACUUCGAAGUCCAGUCGUAGUGAGAACGAUGCCGGUUCAACUGUCACCUGAAAUGCCGACAAUCCUGAGUUCACCUUCUACGUUGACAUCAAUCGACGUCCAAAAUCAUUUUAGUCGUGGCGGUCACGUUGGUGUCAAACAGCCGACUGCGUCGGAUCGACUCGAGCCCCACAUGCUCUCACUUCAGAAGGCAAGUGAGGAGAAAUUAUUCGUACCUCCAUCGGUGCCUAAGCAAGAUUGGAUCUCUUCGCUAAGUCCAAAUCUUAGAAGCUCUUCAACCAUAAUUAACUCACCUCACACGCAAAAUCGCUCAGCUCCUGCCACUGCGGAAAUCCAUCCGAAUGAGGGAGCAAAUCCAUGGAAGUUAAAUGAUCUGAACAAUGCUGGGAUGUUUCCCCAGGUUCCUCCAUAUUCAGUUGGAGAUCACAUCAGCGAUGCAACAGCACAGUCACCUUCUGCACUUGGCCGAGUUCACGUGAGAGCAGGUGCCAGCGAUAAAGCAGAUCUCAAGGAAGAAUUGAUUCUAAUGAGUGCGCCCUCCAGUGUCAAAUCGAGCAGGGGAGGCAGUCGCCAAGUACAAGCUGACUCGACCUUGCAUCCAGAGGAGAGGAAGCGAAUUCUUCACUUACACGCAGAACAGAAUCGUAGAAGUGCCCUCAAAGAUGGAUUCGAUAUGUUGAUGGAUAUGAUUCCGGAUUUGCAUUCUGGAGGUGUCAAACCAACAAAUGCUGUUGUUCUUGCCAAAGGAGCGGACCACAUUAGGAAUCUCACCGCCACUAGGGAUGAACAAGUUGCUCAACGAGCCGCCCUUAAUGAAAAGAUCGCCAAGUUGAACCAACGCAUAAGUGCCCUACAAUCGAAUCUUCCAUCAUCAAGUGGGUCCAGUAACGCGAAAUUGGAGCCUAGAGCAGCUCUUGAGGCGUUCUAUGAUCGUUAUACUAAGGAGCGUAGUCGAAAGGAUUACCGAUUUUGGGUGUUGGCCCGGCUGCUGCGACCGAUUGCAGUUGGAGAAACUUCGUCGUUCGCCAGUUCGAUUGCACCUGAGGGCUCAUCGAGAGAAGAGGUAUCCUCAUAUGGUAGUAAAAAAUAUUCAAGCCAUUCAAGCCAUUCACGGCAGAAUUCAGCAACGGUAUUGGGCAUCAUGUUGCCCGAAUUAGAAAUAGCUUGA